AUAAGCCCCGCCGCUGCGCCGUGUCGCUCUCCCCCAUCACAUCCAUAUCCACCCACACAGCGCGACUCAGAGUUCCACAGACCAACAACAGGAGAGCUCAGCUCAGCUCAAGCAGCCGAGCCGACCGACCAGCAAGGAAGGCCACAAGAAGAAGAUGGCGCACAUGCGCGUGGUGCACCGGGACGAGGAGGGCCACAAGGUGGCGGAGAAGGUGCCGGUCCCGGAGACGAGGCGCCCGGACACGGCGAGGCACGUGGAGCGCAAGCUGGAGGAGCAGGGGCUGCACCGGCUGGAGCGCCACCCGGCCAACGCGCCCCGGGGCGUCGGCAUCGGCGCGCCCCCGCCCAAGUCCGGCCGCGGCGGCAAGUACACCUGGGAGGGCCCCGAGGGGCUCGUGGACAGCGAGCUCGACCCCGCGCCCGCCGCCAUCGACCGCAACGACCCCAACUACGAGGAGGAAGGCGGGGAGCAGGACGAGGUGGCCGAGGAGGUGGUCGUCGGGGAGGUGGAGGUCGCCAAGGUGGCCCAGGCCCGGGCCGGCGUCGCCAGGGUCGAGGUCGCGCCGCCGCUCCUCCAUGACCACCAGCAGUAGGAGCUGAUCGUGUGUGUUGUGUCGUGUUGAUCUUCGUUUCCUCUGCGCUCUGUUUACCAUGCAUAUGUGUAACAAAAGAUAAAUAAUAAUCAAGCGUGGAAGUGGAUCAA